AUGGCGGGCAGCGGAGCAUCGAAAUCUUCAAAUCCACCCAGAGGGAGGAAGAGAGUGGAGGCCGACUCUUCUUCUUCUGCUGCUUCCACUACUCUCAAACGCGCUAAAGAUGGAAGUGCUUUUGCCAAAUGUGAAGAGUGCAACAAAGAUGUACCGGUGGCGUUAAUUAGCUUCCACAACUGUAGCCUUGACGCUAAAAUUAAGAUGAAUUUAGGGGCUCAGGAUGUAGAAAUGUCUAGUGAGGUCAAGAAAAACACAGCAGAAAAAAAGAGGGCAAAAUCAACAGAUCCUAAAUCAAAGAAGGAAAAGAAAGCCAAAGAUCCAAAUGCACCAAAACGCCCUCCGACUGCUUUCUUCCUUUUCUUGGAUGACUUUCGGAAAGAGUUCAAGGAGGCUAAUCCUGAUUGCAAGAGUGUAAAAGAGGUUGCCAAGGAGGGUGGUGAAAAAUGGAAAUCCAUGACUACUGAAGAGAAAAAGCUCUAUCAGGAUAGAGCAGCAGAGCUUAAAGCAGAAUAUGUCAAGGCCUUGAAGCCAAAUGAAGAAGAAAAUGAAAAAGACGAAGAGGACUCUAUGGAGAAGGAAACUAAGGUGGAGGUAGAAGUUGACGAUGAUGAAUAG